GUGUGUGUGGGUUCAUUCUCUCUUGUCCAACAGGGGGAGCUCUCUCCGGCUUCUGCCCGCUGAUGGUGAUGGAGGCUCGGAUGGUGAUGCGCAGAGCUGCUGCCGUUUUGGUCCGGUCGUGAUGGACCCAUUUGACGGUCCCGGUUCUCCCCGACACGAGAAGCAGGAGGAGGCGGGGCGCGCGGAAAGCCGCAGCCGGUGGGCCCGCUUCUCCUCCUGGUUGGAGUGCGCGUGCGUCGUUACGUUCGACUUGGAGCUCGGACAAGCAAUUGAGCUGGUUUAUCCUCAAGAUGUGAAGCUGACAGAGAAAGAGAAAACCAGUAUCUGCUACCUGUCCUUCCCCGACUCGUACUCAGGGUGCCUUGGGGACACUCAGUUUAGCUUCCGCUUCCGUCAGUCUGUCGGUCGCCGAACAUCAAGGCUCAGAGACGACCUUUACAACCGUGACGCUCCCGUCACACUGCAGAGAGAAACGGCGCAUUUCUUCGGUUACGUCUACUUCAGACAAGUGAAGGACGUCUCUGUGAAGAGGGGCUACUUCCAGAAGUCCCUGGUGCUGGUGUCAAGGUUGCCAUACACUCACCUGUUCCACUCGCUGAUGCAGACCAUUGCACCUGAGUUCUUUGAGAAGCAUGAGCCCUGCCUUGAAGCAGUUUGUAACGAGAUCGACCAAUGGCCUUCACCUAUACCUGGACAGACCCUCAACCUGCCCGUAAUGGGCGUUAUCUUACAGGUGAGGAUUCCUUCUAAAUUCGACAAACCUGGGGGAAGUCCGGUGCGACAGACGGCUAAAGAGAACCUGCUGCCGGUGCCGACCCUCCUGCCCACCAUCCACGAGCUGGACCUGUUUAAGUGUUUCCAGUCCAUUCUAAUCCACCUGCAGAUGCUCUGGGAACUUACCUUGCUCGGGGAGCCGCUUGUCGUUAUGGCUCCAUCUCCCACCGUUUCUUCGGAAACAGUCCUGGCUCUCAUCAGCUCCAUCAGCCCUCUGAAGUUCUGCUGCGACUUCCGACCCUAUUUCACCAUCCAUGACAGCGAGUUCAGGGAGUACACCACCAGGACGCAGGCGCCACCAAGCGUCGUGCUGGGCGUCACCAACCCGUUCUUCAUCAAGACGUUUCAGAGCUGGCCUCACAUCGUCCGGCUGGGAGAGGUCAAGAUGGCAGGUGAUUUACCGAAGCAGGUGAAGGUGAAGAAACUUUCUAAGCUGAAAACGCUUGACACCAAACCAGGAAUCUACACGGCUUACAAGACGUUUCUGCACAAGGACAAGAUCCUGAUCAAGAGGCUGCUGAAGGGGAUCCAAAGGAAGCGGCCGUCGGAGGUGCAGAGCGCCAUCCUGAGGCGACACCUGUUGGAGCUCACACAGAGUUUCAUUAUCCCCCUGGAACGCUACAUGGCGAGUCUGAUGCCUCUGCAGAGAUCCGUUACACCCUGGAAGACUCCGCCUCAGAUCCGCCCCUUCAGUCAGGACGAGUUCCUGUCCACAUUGGACCAUGCGGGCCCGCAGCUCACCUCUCUGCUUAGAGGUGAUUGGAUAGGACUGUACAGGAAGUUCUUCAGGUCUCCAAACUUUGACGGCUGGUACCGUCACCGCCACCGAGAGAUGACACAGAAGCUAGAGAGUCUCCACCUGGAGGUCAUCUGCGAUGCGGACCUGCUGGGAUGGACCAAAGACAAGUCUGAGGUGGAGGUUGUGGAUCUGAUUCUGAAGCUCAGAGAGAAGCUGAUUAAAGCUCGGCGUCAGCAGCUGCAGCUCAGAGACGGUGUGAUGGACAAACUCGACUCUUUCAUCGCCUCCAUCAUCAGCUCGCUGCCUGCCGACCUGCAGAUUGUGCUCAGCACAGGCGCGUCACCGUGACGACAGCUAACCCCACAGCCAGGACGCACGCUUGUGUUCAUCAGCAUCUUCACACUCCACAGAAAAACCAACAUCGGCUCAAAUCUUCAGUUUUUGGAAUAUUUAAAUUUUAUUUAAACUUUAUUACCUGUCUCCAUCGAGCUGCUGCUCUGAUGUUUUGGUUUCUCUGACGGUGGAAUCAGGCUGUUCGUGUUUCACAGAAGUCGUAUUUUUCUAUCAUCUCCACAAACGGAAUGUAACACUAAGAAUGAAGCUCCACUUUCUGUUUGUUUGUAAACCUUUAUUUUGAAAUUAAAGUCUGAGCACUUCCUGUC